CUCAUUACCCAGGAGGAGCAGGGCACAGAGCCGGCAGAGCUGGGUUUGAACUGUGUGGUAGAGGACUCGUUUAGCGGAGUGCGUUUCGGAGACGGCAGGAACAGGAGCGAACAGGAACGGGCAUCCCCACCCAGGCUGAACACUGUACGGCAUGGCCACAGCAAGCACCUCAGGGCAGAGCCGGAAGAAGAAGAGCCCAGGCCUCCUGGAUCAGAUCGGCACGUUCUUUGGAGGAGAGAAAAAGAAAGCGAGGAGCAAGGGGUCGUUCCGGGGUCACCUGUCCACCGCCCCCCCACGGCCGGCUGCCUCCACCCGUCGCCAUGGCGCUGACAACGCUGUAAUGCAGUUCUUGAGGAGCUUUGUGUCCACUCCGCAACCCAAGUCCAGGUGGAGGGAGAUCUUGGGCUUGGCCUCGUCUCCGCGACCGGAGGGUGCGAGAUCACCGCUCAGGCGUCGCAGAGACCAAAACACGCUGUCCCGAAUCUUCAACUUGGGUGAAACCAAGGCCCGCUCACCCCCUAAGCGCUGGAGUACCAUAUUCUGAUCUCCGCAACAAAGACAGCGACACGGACCCCACACAGACAGCUACAGAGGCAGAGAACACACAUCUCCAUUCGGUCUCAACCCCAAACAACCCUAACAAGCUAAUACUCGCCUCCUUUGUUUCUAGAAAGUGACACAAUCUUGGCACUCAAAGCCUGCUGGGGUCAUUCGGGGAGAACGUUGAGUUCAGCCUUGUAAUCCUAAUUUUGAAGGACCAGAUUUACAGAUGUUUGUCUCCAUGGCUCUCCCGGUGUCUUUAUUUUCAGACACGCUAAAAUGAUUUAAUGUAACUGCUCAAACUUUUAUUCUGACAGUGCUUGUAUCUGCUGUCAAGGGGAUGUCCAUGACGUGUCUUGAUUUGUUUGUUGACUGUUGUCAGAUUUGUGCUCUUUAGUCAUGCUUUUUAAUUCCCACCUCCAGGGUUUCACUCUGUAUGUCAGCAUUGGUGAAAUUUAGAGCUGAAAAUAGUUUGUGGUCAUUGUUUUUGUCAUGUCGAAAUAGUUAUGUGAAAAGCGUGUUGUCAUGAGGUUCUGGCUUGUGCAUUUGAAAAUGUCAUGUGAAACAAACACAAAAAAUAUGGAUUCUAAUGCACUGUAAUACUUUCAUAACUUUAAUAGAAAUGUUGUCUUUGUCCAUUUGUCUUUGUUGAGUCAUGAUUGUACAGUUAUGUCAUGCAAGCCUAUCAGAUUCUUAGAACAAACAGCAUUCCAGCGCCUCCUGAUAAAAAGGUAAUGAAUACUGAAGUAGCUUUGCUAACUCUUAUCUUCUCGUGUUUUUUUAUUACUUUUAGAGAUUGAUAUGGUUGAGAGGCUUAUUGAAUAGAAUUAUGAAGAUGGUCAGACGAUGUUGUUGAGGGGUCAAAGUCAUGUGUAAGGAAUUUAAUAGUGAAAGUGGACGGUGUAAUUCAGAAAAGUUUCCAUUAGAUCGUGUGCCUCAUUAAUGAUACUACCUCUCACGCAGGUAGAGUGUGUCUAAUGAAACUUAAUAAAAACGACAUAAAAAAAAAGAAACAAAAAAAAAACAUUAAAUUCACCUGAGGGUGCUGACGUAGCGUACAACUGGUGCUAAAUGUUUAAAAAAGAAACGAGAGAACCAUGUAGACUGCUGUGUUUGUGUAAACUGUGUAGCCACAUUUUGUACUCUUCAUCCUAACUGGAAAUAAAGAUAUGUCAAUUGCCCAUGUUUUCUCAGAAAUAAAGUACAAAUUUAACUUUGA